AUGGGUACGAGAGAACAGAAAAAUAGAAAGAGGAAGGCUGCAGCUAAAUCUUGCCAGUCUCUCGAUACAUGGGUCAGUAAAGUACCCCGUCAAGAGCCACCAGACGCUGACAAUGACAGUGCAGUCUGCGAUGACAGCCCAGCUGAAACCACGACUUCAGAUCUAUCUCAGUUAACUCCAGUUUUACAGCGAGAUAUGGAAGGUAAAUCAUACUUAUUUGCGCUAUGUCCACCAGUCUUGAUCCCAUUAUUAUGCUCUGAGAUUUAGUCCCUAUUCCUCGAUAUGAAACAAACUCGCUUAAUAAAAAGCCAGUGAAGUAGUGCAAGUUCUUUAAGGCAGCUGCAUACAUAUAACAGGGUAUGCAUGGGCCAGGAAAGGGUGUCGUCCUUCGCACUAAUUCACAUACAUUAUCGAGUUAAAAUUGUUUUGGAUGAGGUGGUAAAUCUGUUUGCCACCAAACACCCACGGAGGCUGGAGCUCGGGACUAUUCUGAGGGACUAG